AAUUUUAGAUUCCGCGCAAAGGAAAAAAAAAGGUUUUUUCUUCUUUUGUUCGGUGACACUUUAAUAGAUCAUGCCCAACAACAAACGACACACGUUAAAAAACGUCAAGAACCGCGAUGAACUGCAUCCAUAUUCACGGAAAGCAAGACAAUUGACUCGUAUUCAUUUACGAAACCAGAAACUAGCCGGCAAAAAAGAAGGACGCUCGACUGGAAACACGAAAGUUGAACGAUGGUUAUGGUUUCGGUUCGCACUUGAGGAGUCACAGACAUGUGCAACGAAGGAACAAGUUCACGAAUUAAUUGACAUGUACUUGAAGCGACACGACCAUGAGCUUGAACAACUCGAGCUAGACCGAAAGAAAAAGGGCGGGCAUCGGAAGAAGGUGCCACGCCACGACAUUUUGACGGCGCUGAGGGCGUCUGAAGAAAGCGAAUAUGCAUCUGGCUUUGAGUUACCGGAUUUGAUGGUCGAGAAAAACGUACGGAUGUUACGAGAAUGGGACGGCGAUGUCAAUGGCAUGCCAAGGAUAAGGCAAACCCUGUAUCGCAAAUCGGACGCACCCACUGCCAUCGCGAACACGGCCACAACAAGUACGGAGACGACGAUGAAAACCGAUAUUUCGAUGGAUGACAUGGACACAGCAUAAACAAAUUUACCAGACCUCCCGUUUCUCUUUUCUCCUCCUAAACGUAUCUUCCUUUCUUAGCAUUUGUGUUUUUUUCUCGGAUCCUGCUUAAUAUGUCGAAUAGCCGAUCAAGUUUGUUUUUUGUUGUUCAAACAUAAUGAAAUGGCGCCACCCAAAGGGAGCUCAUACCUUGUUUUUUUUGUAUUCUUUGUGUAAUCGUCGGCUCAUCCGAUACUCCCGAGUACGAGCACGACAAAAACAUCGUUUGUGCCACCACUUUGUCGCUAUAUAUUGGAAAUGUUCCUCUUUAAACUAUCCUCGGUAUAUGAAUACAAAAUCCCAUAGCACUAAUAAUAAAAGUAAAGGCUUUCGAAAGUGAAAGAAAUA